AAAUGCCUGGCGGAAUGGGUUUUCCUAGUGAUCCGGCACUUUUGCCACGUGUACAGGCUCACAUUCGAAAGUUUCCCGGUACAAAAUACUUUAAGCCGGAGCUUGUCGCCUACGAUUUGCAGCAAGAGCAUCCAGAAUACCAACGAAAAAAUCACAAAGUCUUUAUGGGAAUGGUGCGUGAAGCCUUGGAACGAAUUCAGCUUGUCGCAAAAGAGGAAAAUGACGAAAAAAUGGAAGAAAAAGAGGCGAUGGACGAUGUACAGGAGAUUCCAAUUGUAAAAGCACUCGAGACACGGAAACGGAAGGCUCCGGCUGCUGGGAGGAAGAGCACAGGCCAAGCCGCCGCCGCCAAGGAAGUAGUGCUCAGCGACGAUAGCGAGGACGAACGAGCCGCCCGUCAGCUCGAAAAACAAAUUGAAUCGCUCAAAACCAAUCGGGCCAAUAAGACCGUCCUCAAUCUCUACACGAAAAAAUCUGCUCCGAGCACUCCCGUUUCUACUCCGAAGAAUCAAGCCACAAAGAAGCCUCCAGGAGCUUCUGCUGCUCCACCAGCUCUUCCACGUGGGCUCGGAGCCGUCAGCGACACGAUCAGCCCGCGCGAGUCCCACGUGAAAUUCGAGCACAUUGGUGGAGCAGAUCGCCAAUUUCUUGAAGUUUGCCGGCUCGCAAUGCACCUCAAACGUCCGAAAACCUUUGCCACACUGGGCGUCGACCCACCACGUGGAUUUAUUGUUCACGGACCGCCCGGAUGUGGGAAGACAAUGUUCGCGCAGGCGGUGGCCGGUGAGCUCGCGAUUCCGAUGCUCCAACUAGCGGCGACGGAGCUCGUGUCGGGAGUGUCUGGAGAGACGGAGGAGAAGAUUCGCCGGCUUUUCGAUACGGCCAAACAGAAUAGUCCGUGUAUUCUGAUUCUUGAUGAUAUUGAUGCGAUUGCACCGCGUCGGGAGACGGCGCAACGGGAAAUGGAGCGGAGGGUUGUUAGUCAGUUGUGCAGUUCGUUGGAUGAACUGGUACUUCCACCACGCGAAAAACCACUCAAAGAUCAGCUAACAUUCGGAGACGACGGCAGUGUAGCCAUCAUUGGAGACUCCCCGACUGCAGCUGGCGCCGGUGUUCUCGUAAUUGGUACCACCUCCCGACCGGACGCCGUCGAUGGAGGACUCCGACGAGCUGGACGCUUCGAAAAUGAGAUUUCGCUGGGAAUCCCAGAUGAGACAGCACGGGAGAAGAUUCUGGAGAAAAUAUGUAAAGUGAACCUGGCCGGUGAUGUGACACUGAAACAGAUCGCCAAGCUCACGCCAGGCUACGUUGGAGCUGAUCUUCAGGCACUGAUCCGUGAAGCCGCCAAAGUUGCCAUAGAUCGAGUCUUCGAUACGAUCGUUGUCAAGAACGAGGGACACAAGAAUCUGACCGUGGAGCAGAUCAAGGAAGAGCUCGAUCGGGUGCUCGCCUGGCUUCAAGGAGACGAUGAUCCAUCGGCUCUAUCGGAGCUCAACGGCGGGCUUCAAAUCUCGUUUGAGGACUUUGAACGGGCUCUCUCGACGAUUCAACCGGCGGCGAAGCGUGAAGGAUUUGCGACGGUGCCUGAUGUUUCUUGGGAUGAUAUUGGAGCACUGGUGGAGGUGCGGAAGCAGUUGGAAUGGAGCAUUUUGUAUCCGAUUAAGAGAGCCGAUGACUUUGCGGCUCUGGGAAUUGACUGCAGGCCUCAGGGUAUCCUGCUCUGCGGGCCGCCGGGCUGUGGAAAGACCCUACUAGCCAAGGCGGUGGCUAAUGAGACGGGCAUGAACUUUAUCUCGGUGAAAGGCCCUGAAUUAUUGAAUAUGUAUGUUGGAGAAUCGGAAAGAGCCGUCAGAACGGUGUUCCAACGGGCUCGAGACUCCCAACCGUGUGUCAUCUUCUUUGAUGAGAUUGAUGCUCUUGUGCCGAAGAGAUCGCAUGGGGAGAGCUCUGGUGGAGCACGGCUUGUGAAUCAGUUGCUCACUGAGAUGGAUGGUGUCGAGGGGAGACAGAAGGUUUUUCUGAUUGGAGCCACUAAUCGGCCGGACAUUGUCGACGCGGCAAUUCUCCGUCCAGGACGUCUCGACAAAAUUCUAUUCGUAGACUUCCCGUCAGUCGAGGAUCGUGUCGAUAUUCUCCGAAAAAGCACGAAAAACGGAACUCGGCCGAUGCUCGGCGAGGAUAUCGAUUUUCACGAAAUUGCUCAGCUUCCAGAACUUGCCGGUUUCACCGGCGCCGAUCUGGCGGCUCUCAUCCACGAAUCGUCGCUUCUUGCACUACAAGCCAGAGUUUUAGAGAACGAUGAAUCCGUAAAAGGUGUCGGAAUGCGUCAUUUCCGUGAAGCUGCCUCCCGAAUUCGCCCGUCUGUCACCGAGGCCGAUCGGAAAAAGUAUGAACAUAUGAAGAAGAUCUACGGACUCAAACAAGCCACACCCCCAUCCGUGUAGAUCAAAUUUUCCUAAUUUUUUUAUUGUUAAUUUUCACUUGUUGUUGACCCCAAUUGUUUUGUUUUAUUAUAUUUUUGCAAUUUUAAACCGUUUUUUUUUCUCAUAAAUUUUAGAAAAUUUGAAAAAAAAUUUCAUUUCUCUAAAUAAUGCUAUAAAUUUAAAUUUACAACGAAAAAAACAUUCAAUG